AUGUCAGAUAUUGAAAAUAUUGAAAGUGAAGAACGUAUAAACCCCAAUAUUCUAAUAACUGGUACCCCAGGAACUGGUAAAACAACAUUAUGUGAAUUAGUAGCUGAAACAACAGGAUUAAUUCAUAUCGAUGUUGGUAAAUUGGUUAAAGAAAAAGGGUUACAUCAGGGAUUUGAUCAAGAAUAUCAAAGUUAUAUAAUUGAUGAUGACAAGAUAAUAGAUGAACUUGAAGAUAAAUUAUUAAAAGGUGGAAACAUUGUAGAUUUUCAUUCCUGUGAAAUUUUCCCCGAACGUUGGUUUGAUUUAGUAUUAGUUUUAAGAACCAAUAAUACUAUUCUAUAUGAUCGAUUGGAGACGCGUGGUUACAUUCAAAAGAAAAUCACCGAAAAUAUUGAGUGUGAAAUAUUUCAAGAAAUCCUUGAGGAAGCAAAGGAAUCUUAUUCAUCAGAAAUUGUUAUUGAAUUACAAAGUAAUUCAUUACAAGAUAUGGAGAAUAAUUCCAUUAGAAUAGAAGAAUGGGUAAAAAAUUGGAAAUCGAACAAAAUUCAAGAAUAA